AUGGAGGAAUCUGCGCCAAAAAGACAGCGCACGGAGGGUAGCGCGUCACCUCGAAAAAGACGCCCAUCUUAUGCAUCACCGACUAAAGCCAGCAUGUCAAGACAUCACCCAGAAGCAUUUCAGAGAAGAAUGUCUAGAUCACCUCAGAAAUUACCAAGCGCUCAAAAAUCAGCGCAAUUUACUUUUGACAGUCCCUCGGAAGCUCUCGCUGCGCGCUUGGCUACAAGUCGGAUCGUUAGUGAUGCUCCCACGCCAACGCGCCCGGGUGAGGCGACGCCAGUGCAAGAGGACUUUAAUCCAUUUCGUGGUGGAGGUUUGAGACGAUCACCAGCAACUGGAGUACGGAUGGAUAUUGAUACGCCGCCUGUUGAUCCAUUCCGACGUGGAGGAUUGAGAAGAUCGCCGCCGGUUGGAGUGCAGGGGAACGAUGCACCACCUGCGUCGAUGCCUGAACCAGAGUUACCGCCUGCAGUGCAGGCUUCCUCACCUCCUCCUCCGCCGGCUUCUAUGCCAAAACCCAAUAUUGGACGGCCUGCAGACGAACCUGUGCUGGAAUCGGAGAGCGACGCAUCUGCUCCAUUGGAGGAAUCCCCUCCAGAGGAACUAUCCAUAGCAAGGUCUACCUCACCUGUUGCAAGUCCGUCGCCGGCUCGAUCAUUCUCUUCGCUUAACAUUCAACUUCCACCUCGGUCGUCUUCUGAGAUCAGGUCACCCUCACCUGCUCUAUCCUCACCCGCCCAGGCCCUAGUACAGCAAACCGAGCCUGAACCAGAGGCCCAGCAGGAACCUCAAUCAGACUCGGCGUCUGAAUCGGAUGUUACGGUGGAAGCAGCACCCGAAUCAGAUCGAGGCUCUCCAAGCCCGCCGUCUCCUCUACCAGAAUUCUCUCCCUCACCUCCUCCAGCUUCCAUGCCACCGAGUAGAAUCCCGCGUCUAGCCCAAGAAAAUUCUCGAAGUAAAGCACCAACAGCAUCACAGCCUAUUCCCCAAUUACCGCCGUUAGACAAUGGGCCACGCAAGAGCUUCCAAAACAGCCCAGUCAGGUUCCACGAGCCAUCGCAACAGGGUGUUUCGCCUCUUACCAAACCACCAUCGCGACAUUUCGAGAAGCCCAGAAAGGGCCAAUCUGCUACUGCUUCUCAAGAGAGAAAUCCAGCAGCGACAAACGUAUCUGGCGAAAGACAGACACGCCCAUUUGACCUAGAUGCAGAUAAGAAGAAGGAACGCGAGAGGAUCCAGAAAGAGAUUGAAGCUUUGCAGAAGGAUCUCGAAGUCGCGCGAAGAGAGAAUGAGCGGAUUCGCGCCAUGCAAGAGUUUGGUCGCGUUCUUGCGCCUGUGGACCAAGAUGAAGUUAUUGACCUCAUCCAACGUCACCUCAUGGAUGCGGAUGCAGAGCCAAGUCAAACAUCGACACAACAAUUAUUACAAGCGGCAUUAAAGCCUACAGCUCUCCUCCCAUUCGGAAAGGCUUUCGCUCCAGCAACCUCAGCGCCCGUGGAUGAUAAGCUGGCCUACAUCAAGUCACAUUACCCUGUUCCAAUGACAGCAGACGAGGAACUGCCUUAUCUUCAACUAUUUACACCAUUCACAGCAUCAUCAACAAUCUCAGUUCUGCCGGAAACUGACAGCCAACCCCUCAGACAGCUUCACUCCAUUGUUCUACGAUCGCGCGAAAUUCCCGGACUCUUCACAGCAAAGCUGGACAUGACUGUCAAUCCGCUCGAACUUUCGGUACUCGAUCUAGACGUCGUAGACCUAGAGCCUGCUGCGAAGCCCGAGCUCGGCCCGUUUAUUCAGAAGAUUUGCACAGGCGACUGCAAUCGUUCUAUGCAGCGCAAUGUGGGUAUCUUGUCAUGGGCGAUGGGUGAAUGGCUCCGCAUUGCUGUUGAGAGGGCAGGCUUUUGGUGUCAAUUGGAUCAAAGCCUGGGUACCAAGGAUGGUAUAUCGAAGGUUACCACGCAGUUGCGAACAAGGAAGAGACGGAGAAAAGACGAUGAUGGGGACGAGGAUAUGGACGAGUCAGCAGGAGUUGACCCCGUUAGAAAGACAGACCUCAUCCGUUACAUGGGUCAACAACACUACGACAUCUCAAUACCGUACAACGAUGCAGAAGAAUCGGGCGCCAAUGUACGAUUCAAUUGGAAGGUGGAGUUUGACUGGACGGGAGAAGCACAAACGAAACUUUCCGUCCUGGUUGGCGCCCCAGGCAAAUGGCACCAAACAGACGAACGAGGAGUACUUGGCAAGAUCCCCAAGCUUUUUGAAGAACUUGUACAUGGCCAUCAGAACACAGAAACAGCUGUAAAAACAAUUGUAGCGCUCAUCGCGGGAGAGCAAUCAUGA